UCCUUACGUUCACUUCGAGAAAAAAAAUAUAAUAAUAAAAUUAAGUCAGAACAGCGUAGCUAAGCCAAACCAAACGAUGGUGCGUUGGACCGACACUGAGCGCAAACACAUCACAACCAUCUGGAGCCACGUCGACCAGGAGCAGGCCGGGCAUGAAGCUUUAACCAGGCUGCUGGUUGUCUAUCCCUGGACCCAGAGGUACUUUAAAAAAUUCGGGAACCUUGGUAACGCCAGCGCUAUUGCUGGAAACUCACACGUCCGCAAUCAUGGCAAAACCGUAAUGGGGGCAGUGGACCUGGCCAUCCAUAACUUGGACCACGUCGCUGAUACUUACACCAAACUGAGUAUCCUGCACUCUGACACCCUUCACGUAGAUCCCCACAACUUCAGGCUCCUGAGCAACUGCCUGUCCAUCGUUCUGGCCAAGUUCUUCCCUGGUGAAUUUAAUGCCAGCGUUCAGGCUUCUUGGCAGAAACUCCUCGAUGUGAUCUGCUCCGCCCUCAGCAAGAAGUACCACUGAGCGCACUGGCCCCUCUGCACGGCCUGCCAGCCAGCCGAACUACCCGUGUGUGACACAAGUCGGCCUUGGCCUCUUGCUUUCUGUGAAGUUUUCCGUAAAACUGAGUGUGAGAAAUGUGUGAACAAUAAAGAUCUGUAAAAGAUGA